AUGAAUGAUAUUGAAGACGACGGAUGCUCUGAUGAACGGGCGGGGCUUGGGGUUGGGUGGCAGCAAUACACUCAUCCCGAGGGAAAGGCGUACUUCCGCUACAAGAAUGUCUACACCGAUGCGUGGUUGCUUGACAAUGAUAAUUUCAACACCCUGGAAGCCGCCGUGGCCAUGCUCCGCUUGCAACUGAUAGAGGCCCGCAAUGGCAAGCAUGGUUCUCUCCUGGACGACAUCGAGAUUGGGAUACAUCUCCAACCCCAAGACGAUGUUAAGACUGACUUCAAGGAUUGGUUCCGUAAAGACAGAAUGAAUCCGGUCGUCAAGGGCUGCUACUAUAUCUGCAACAUGGGAAGGAAGGAGGUGUUUUGGCUUGAUAAGGUCGACGCCAAGAUCUUCUGGGAAGACCUAGAUCACAAUAUCGUCGGAAGGCAACACCUCCGUAUUGCAGCCGAGGCUGCGUACUGGGAGCACAUAUACAUCUUCCCUCAUGAUCGAACCAUCUCAAAAGAUGAACUCAGCGACUUGAGUGAGAAACUCGCAUUCUGGACGUUCGAUGCGGGAAGCUCGAAGGCGUCAACAUCACCAUACACAGCAACAGAGCUGAAGCAUUUCUCAAGGAUAGUUGGGAACAUCAUAGCCGACUCCAAGAGACCGGAAGAUGCAUGCAUAGUUGGAAAGCUGAAGGGCGCACUGCUCAAGAUCCGAUUCGCAUAUUUCUUUGGAGAAGAACAUGCGCAAAUCAACAACUCGCGCGGCGUUUUCCCCCAUCAUCACGACCCAGAGCACCAUUCAUAUUGGUUCAGAUUCCUGAACUGCCUGUCCUUCUACACGGCAGCGUCUUAUUAUGUUAACCUCAACCACCUUUGGAUUGGGAGGAAGAUGAGCACGAGUCGUUGGAAUGACUUCGUGAUCCAGCUUCAAGACGACUGGUAUGACGCCAUCACUCCGGCGACAGUCAUCCUAGUUGCCAACCUGAGCUUCCUCGCCAUAUCUUCAGUCGAUGACAGCGGCCUUCCUCCGGCGCAGCGCAGCUUGGGCCAGAUCGUCAGUUACAUAUCGCUGAUCCUCAAUGUCGGCAACAUCGCGGCCUCCACCAUACUCGCGAGGCAACAUCGCUCUGGCCACCAUUCAAGUUUUGAAGGCGAGCCGCCGAAAGGGGGCCCGCGUAAGAAGCAGCUACAGGAGCUUGAACGACUCGCAGUCAUCUUCAGUAUCCCGGCCACAUUUUUCUGGUGGGGGCUCCUUACCUUCUUCAUCUCCAUUGCGUGGAUUUGCUUCAACCGCACCGCACAGCCUACGAGAUACACAGCUGUGGUCACCAUCGUUCUGUCCAUGUUCUUACUCCUCCUCGUGAUACUGUAUACCUACCGCGACAAUCACCGGUCCAUUUGGGCCGAUCUCUCCGCAUUACUGCCGCUCCCUGGGUUCCUCACCUGUAGUAUCUCUCAGAAGCGGAGUUCCUCACAGGACCCCCAGGAUCAGUCGAACAACGGCAGCAUACACAAGGGUGAACUGCAGACACUAGAUACUCACCUCGACCUCCCGGUCUAG